ACGUCUACUCUUGUGCAGAAGAGAAACCUCUGGCUCUGCUAUCAAUCUGCGAGCACAUCUUCGAUCUGACUUGUGGGUCGCAUCGAGCAAAACAAUCGCUUAAAACAUGAACGCAGCUCUGCGAAAGGUGAUCCCACCGACUGCCCGACUCACUCGCUCUAUCAGCGAUCGCAUCGCAAACCAUAAAGUUCCAACCUACGAUGAGCUGCCGAAGCCUUCGGGCAGCUGGCAAGAGGGGUAUGCGAAACAGGCGGCGUACGGCAACAAGGUCCUAGCGAUCGGUACCUCCUUCUUCGUGGCUACUGUUGGAUACGUGGUGUCGACGAAUGUCUUCACGGACCUUCUCGGACCCAAGAUUGGAAACUGAAAAUGAGUCGUACAGCGUAGAAUCUAAAUAAAGCCGCCUAAUAUUAUGCCGUAAA